UACAAAUACGAUAAGUGAUAACUCCCGUCGAGGGUUCUGCUUCCGUUUUCCCCCGAGUUUUCGACGUUAUCUUUCCGCCGCUGCCGCGAGAUCGGGCGGACGAGCGUGCGGUAUUCGCGUAUAGUGGGCGAAAGGUGCAUUUGUGAAUUGUUUGAAAAGUUGGUGUUCUUCAGUGUAUUAAACUUUUUUCUGUUGGAUUAGUUAAUUGAAAAAAUUAAUUAAAAUGAUUGCAACGACUAACACCGGCUUCUCACUAAAAUGCAUAGCACUACAUUAGAAACUCUCUACCCAAAUAAUAGAAAUAAAUUCCGGAUUUAGCAAGUGUGUCGUGUGACUCGACGAAGCGGAAGCGUUAAAAAUGAAGCUAAUGAAACAUCAACCCCAAAAAGGAAAAUAUUUCUAAAAAUGGAGGAGCCGCAAUAAUGUUCUGCGCUCGAGUGAUAAUGGCACUAAAAUGUCGAGACUUUGUGGUAUGUGCUGUGAUUCUCGUUUACCUUUUGGAUGUGGUUAAUGGCGCUUUGAUUUCCGAUUCGUUCGAUGCGCAGGACCUAACACUAUUCAUACGUCACAGAAGAAGUUACGGAGAACAACAUCGUAAAAGUAAAGAAGCUAUGCUAGGCAUAGGCAACAGCGUAAAUGGCAAAGCGACAACUGGCAAACCGACAGUUUUUAUGACUGAGAAUUGUACAGUCGUUGUUGCUCAAACGGGAGGAACAGCAACCUUACCUUGCGUAGUUCGAAAGUCCAGUAACGGAGUGGUAUCAUGGAUCCGAAAACAAGACUAUCAUCUCCUCACUGUUGGCGUAGCGACUUAUAAUACCGAUGAUAGAUUUAUGGUAGAACACGUGAGGCACCUACAAAACUGGGGUUUAUUAAUUAAACAUGUACAACCUUCUGAUGCCGGCUUGUAUGAGUGUCAAGUAUCCACACAUCCUCCAACAAGCAUAUAUGUUGAACUAAAAGUAACGAAAGCCCAAGCAGAAAUCCAAGGAUCUCCAGACCUUCACGUACGUGCUGGUUCAAUGUUACGACUUGUUUGUACUUUAAGACACUCAACAGAACCGCCGGAUUUCGUUUUUUGGUAUCAUGAACAAAGAAUGAUUAACUACGAUCCGGGAAUCGUUGUCAAAGAGGGUAGAAGUUCCAGUGUAUUGCAUCUCCAAGAUGCCGAUAAAAGUCAUAAUGGAAAUUAUACGUGUAGCCCUAGUAAUGCUGUACCUGCAUGGAUCAAUGUACACGUUUUGAACGCUACCGCGGAGGAAAAGCCAGCGGCGAUGCAACAUGCGAACUCAACGACAAGCUCAAGUUCCUCCAUGAUGGUGCACUGUCUCUGCAGUCUGUUAAUAGCGAUAAUGAGUUCGUAUCCGAGGACGACAACAGUUACUGUAUCGUGAUGUAAAUAGUAAGCAAGGAUCAGGUACGGAGGUAGGGACGGAGCUGGAAUACUGAUUUCCCCCGGGGGUAUGCUGAGUGUAUAGGAAACAACCCACCGUAUGGCUUUUAUGUGAAAAAAGAAUAAAUAUUGUGAAGAUAAGGGCGGGGAAUAUUAUCAAUAAAACGCAUUAUAGUUUUUUCAUGAAUAGUGUAUAUAUAAAAGAUAUGGAAAAUCUUAAAAAGAAUUUUAAAAAUUUCAUAACCACUUCUGUUUAUUCUUAUAUUAAACGUACAAUUUAGUAAGAAAUAAAGCGACUUACAUAUUUUAAGUUUAAACCUUAAUUAUCUUAUCAGGAGUUAAACUCCAAUUUUUAAAUUUGACUAUCUGGAAAGCUGAAUAUUAAUUAAAUUUAAACUGAAAUUAUUGAAAUGAGCUGUUGUCGCACUUCAAAAUUAAAAAAAAAACUUAAAACUUUUUAAAAUAAACUUCAAUUAAUUUUACUGCAUAUAUUUUAAUACUUAUAAAAGGUGGUUUAGAUAAAGUCGGUAAAUUUUAUAAGUAAAAGAUGAGCAAGAGAGUGAAAAACUUUAAGCCAUAAAUUAAAUAGGAACAGGUAAAUUUUAUUAUUGGUUAGUGAUGCCGAAGAUCGAGAACAAAAGAGAAAGAUGCCAAUUCUAUAUCUCCAAACGUUUUAAUGUUACCUUAAAAAAAUGUAAUCCUAAUUUUUCUGCUUUUGUUACCUCUUUGUAUAUACAAAAAUAAAUGUUCUAAUUUUUAUUGUAAAAUAUUUUAAUAUUUUUUUUUAAGGAUUUUAAGACAAAAUUGAUACAAAUAUAAAAUUACAUGUAAAUAGAUACUUAUAAAAUAUAAUCAAGUUACAUAUAAAAAUCAAUAUUAGUGGUACAACAUUAAAAUUAAAUAUUUCCUAUAAAAAAACCUCCUUGAUAAAAUAAUCGAAAUUUGCUUUUAAUUAACCUUCUUAAGUUUUUUUUUUAUAAAGGUCGAAAUUUCUGAUAAAAUAUUUUCUUUAGAAGUUAUCUCGGUCGGACAAGUUCAGAUAAUCCGAAAGGGAAAAUUUUGCAAAGUGAAAUCUGUGUAUUUAAGAAGCUUGAUCAAGUUUACUAUAAGCUUUCAAUUUCAUUGAAACUCCAUUAGUUUCUUACUUUUAGUAUUACACAGUGACCGCCUAAAGUUCCGCAUAAAUUCGAUAAAAAUUAGAGACAUGAUUUUUUGAGAAAACGCUCGGACCCGUCGAUUUUUAUUUAAAGUUGCGCAUUAUUUCACAUACAUUUUUGUAUACGGGGUGGAACAAAAAAAAAGGUAUGACGUCAUCGGUCAUUUUUUUAAAUGGAAUGCUAUAUUUUUUAUUGCAUUUAUGAAAUAUAGGAGUAAUUCCAAGCAAGUUUCGUAUAAUUUCGUAUAAUAGCACACCUGAUCUCAAAAUUCAACUGUUUCAGAAAUAUUAACCAACAAGAAAGCAAGUAAGUACGUCUAUUUACAAAUUAAGAUAAAAUGAAGGAUAAAAUGUUAUAAACUGUGAAAACUCUUAUUAAUGUAUCAAGUGUUCAAACUGAUCCCCAUUUACUUCUUGGCAGAAAGCAAGACAAUUUACAAACUCAUGUAAAACACUAUCAAUUAUUUCGAGUGAUAUACGUCUAAUUUCAUAUCUAAUUCUAUUUUUCAAAUCUUCUACAUUGUUUGGCUUAUCAAUAUAAACUUUACUUUUCAGGUACCCCCAUAGAAAAUAGUCGCAGGGAUUUAGGUCUGGUGACCUGGCCGGCCACUUUAUUGGCCCUCUUUGUCCUAUCCAUCUUUCUGGGAACACUGUAUCCAAGUUAUUACGGACAUCUCGAAAGAAAUGUGGCGGUGCGCCGUCUUGCUGAAACCACAAAUUAUCUGUCAGGACAGCAGGGUCUUGUUCGUCUGGGUAUAGGGCAGCCAAAGCAGGGAUAAGAUCUUCUUGAAGAAAAUUCAAAUAGCGUUAUCCUGUUAAGUUUUCUUCGAAAAAGUAUGGCCCUAUUACUUUAUUUUCUACGAUACCAGUCCACACAUUAAUAGAUUUACGGUACUGUGUAUUAGCCUUAGUUGCCCAUUGUGGAUUUGACACUGACCAGUAUCGACAAACUUGCCGAUUUACGACACCGUUUAAACAAAAAGUUGCUUUAGCAAAAAACAAAACUCGUAACACAAACGGACGGUUAUUAUUGCAAAUGUUCAUCGUUUGCUCACAAAAUUGGUUUUUUCUAUUAGGAUCGUUUUCAUUUAAUUCGUGUAUUAGUCGUAUUUUGUGAAGUUGCAAUGUUUGAAUUUUCUUCGAUGGAGAGCAGAACAUUUAAUUUUGUUUCUUUAGACAUUUUUUGGACGACCUGAUCUUGGCAAAUCCCUAACAUGACCUGAAGUUAUGAAUUUGUGCUCUAUUCUACUAACUGUUGACUGAGAAAUAGGAUGAUGUGGGUAUUUGGCAUUAAACAGUUCACUUACUUCUUUUUGCGUGCGCACUUAAUCCCCGUACCCUAGCAUCAUCAAAAUUUCAAUUUGUUGGGUUUCCAUUAAAUUAGCCAUAAUUUGUUCUGAUAAAAACUAUUAAUUUUCGAACUGACAGUGACAUUCAAAAAUGGAUAUUCUUUACAAGUGCAACCAUGGAAAUAGAAACAAUUGGCAGUGUUUAUAACAUUAUUUUUAUCCUAGAUUUUACCUUAAUUUGUAAAUAGACGUACUUAUUUGUUUUCUUGUUAUUUAAAUGUAAGUAUUUCAGAAACAGUUGAGUUUUGAGAUAAGGUGUGUUAUACAGAACUUGCUUGGAAUUUCGCCAUAUUUCAUAAAUGCAAUAAAAAAUAUAGCAUUCCAUUUAAAAAAUGACCGAUGACGUCAUAUCUUUUUUUUUGUUCCACCCUGUAUACAAAAAUUUAUGUGAAAUAAUGCGCAACUUAAAAUAAAAAUUUAUGCGGAACUUUAGGCAGUCACUGUAUAUGGCAUAUAAUGGUUAUUCGUUUUUCCGAAAAUUUGGUCACUGUUUGUAUUAAUGUAUAGAGGCUAGAUAAAUGAAAGAUAAAAUACCUUCAUCAAUUAAAUAAAUUAAAAAAAAUUUUUUUAAAUUUUUAAAUUUAUAUUUUCGAUCUUCUCGGCUAUUUUAACGAUUUCUACAGCAAAAUAAAGUUCACAAUAGAGACCGAAAAGGACAAAACGAUCCCAUUUCUUGCUACAUUACCAACGUCUUCGGAUAAGGUGAAUAAUAACCUUUUGUCACAUCCGAUGUCGCACAAGAUAACUGAUAUAAAAAGACUGCUUUAUAGAUCACAUAAACUCAGUAGCGAUAAGUCUUAUGAGUUCAGCAAAAAACGAUCAAAGACAUUCUAAAAAAAAGCAAUUAUCCAACAGCUAUAAUCAACAGAAUAAUCAAUAACUAUAAGAUUGUCACCCAAUCAGGUAGCAGCAAAAAAAUAUAUGGUAUAUGGCAUAUAAUGGUUAUUUGUUUUUCCGAAAAUUUGGUCACUGUUUGUAUUAAUGUAUAGAGGCUAGAUAAAUGAAAGAUAAAAUACCUUCAUCAAUUAAAUAAAUUAAAAAAAAAUUAUUUUUAAAUUUUUAAAUUUAUGUUUUAUUUCUUCCAUUACAAAUUAUUACAGACAUAGAGUAACGCUCGCUUUAUGAUUUUCGGUUAUAUUAGCAGUUGUUCCAUAAAAGAGAUUUUUAUAUAAUUUCAUUUAAAGAAAGGUAUUAUAAAAGAAGUAUUACUAUUUUUGUAUUUAAGGAAUAAAAUAUAGAAUUUUAGGGAUGCCUUCUUGAAAAACUUAUCC